AGGAACCGAGGCGAUCACCGAGGCCCACUCGGCCGGCGACGACUUCUUCUGGCAGUGCUUCUUUCUGGCUUCUAUUACUGGCCACAGCCGGAGAACAGGCGCGCUCGCCUACCUCAUGCGCUCACUUCCUCGUCUAGGCCAUUCGCUCCAGCCCGAGUCGGCCGCCGCCUCCGACAGGGACUCCUCCGCUAAACUGUCUCACGAGGUUACCUGGACCUGCUCGUUACUCACCUCCCGCUACACUCCAACGUCUUGCAGGCCAGUGCCAAGGGCGGAGAUCUGGAACUUCUUCUAAGGGCAGCCGUUGGCGUGACCGUGCGACGAGACAUGAGCCUCAACAGGCGAUUGUGGUCCUGGCUGCUCGGCCCUGAACCUCUUCCGUCUGGCGAGCAUGACGGUGGGCUGGACUCCCCUACCUCCACGUCGGCCCAUGCCCCUGGCAUCUUAUCCUCGAGGACGAGCUAUUUCGAGGAAUAUGGCCUACAACCUCUGAUCCGGGCCCUGCUUGCCAUGAUCAAGGCCGACGUGGGUGGCAACCCGGCCGAACGAGCACGGCCUUACCGCAUUUGCCUCUCCUUGAUGGACCGGUGGGAGAUCGGCGGCCUAGUUGUGCCUGAGCUCUUCCUCCCUGUCGUGGAGAGCGUGAGGGAAUUCAAGGCGAAGGCCUUGAGUAAGGCAGAUUUCGCUGAGGUUUUGCGGAGUGCCAGCGUCUUUUUUGACGGCGUUGAGAGCGGCCUGAUCUACGGCGAGCUACUAGCCCUCAUGGCGCAGGCCAUCGGUCCAGGAGACCAGUCACUCGCCGACCGCAGAGCAAAACUCGACUUGGUCAAGUUCGUCCUGGCCAACUUCAACGUUCGGGAAGAAGAGAUGAUCACCAUUCAUGCCCCUCUUACCGUUCUCUCGGCCUUGUGCAUGCUGGAGGAGGCGGCUAACGGCAGCGAGAAGCCCAACGGUGCUUCAGGGUCACUGGAUCCCUCAUUAUCCGAGAGGGUUCUUAACAUCAUUGUGAGCUUGCUCGAGCUGGUGCCGGAACGCGCGUUUCCAAGAGGUUCCGCGAGCCAGUCCGCCCCCGCGGUCGAAUCGAAGAUCUCGACAGCCUUGCCCAACGCCGAGCUCCUCAAAAGAAUCCGGACAUUCUACGUCGCUGAGCAGGGCAGCCUGGAAGUGACAUCACCUCCUUUCGACCCACGAACCCUGGCUGAGCUUCUUUUACAGAAGGCCUGCGACCUCAACUGCUCCUCCCUGGGGCGGGAAACGUCUGGCGCAGAAACAACACUAAGAAGUCGAGUCCUAACUCUCCUCCUAUCAAAGGUCCCCGAGGCAUCCCCACUGGACACAGGCAAGCUCCUCGCUACGCUGCACCAAUGCCUCUCAGCCGACACGCCGAUACCGUUUACCACGUACUCCUCGAUCCUCUCCCUCGCUUCACAUCUGUAUUCGGCGAAGAGAAUAUCAACGGUUGAGUUCUCCGACCUUGUCGUGCCGCUAGUGCGCCAUGCCUGGGUGUUCCUCUCAGCAUCCGAACCAAAAUAUCACGUAGAGACGGUCCGCAGCCUCUGGCUGCUUCAAAGCGCUCUCACACUCUCAAAUAGGGACGUAGAGGCCGCAAUUUGCUCGCUGAUGCUCCAACAUGACACCCCUGGUGCCUUUGCCCUCCGCCCUGCCGACCCUGGCAGGAGCUUCUGUGUCCUUUGGACCCAUACCUUACAGGACAAUCCCUCCGCGGCAGAGCGAAGGGGACCGAAGGCUACCAAUGGCGAUGUCAAGGCUCCUCCGCGGCUCUCAGGGGUGGAGCAUUACGAUGUCAUGUUGACCCGGCCUGUGUUUCUAAUGCUGGAUGCCCUUGCCGAUGAGAGAACACAGCUUUUCAUGGCGGUUAAGACUUGGCUCAACAGCCUCAUCGGGAUGGACAAGCUGUUCGGCAUUUUCUUCUCGAAAUUCACCGAGUUGCCAUUCCUCAGACGACGCCAAGAGUCCAAGUCAGGCUCCAGUCAGUUCAUCGAAGAGGAUGACCUCAGCCUCGCUCUGUACUAUGUCCGCACCCUGUCCAGCGUCUUACGGUGGGCCCCGGAAGCAGUCUGGGCGGUGCUGGCGAAGAGGUCUAUCAAGUCUGAUGCUUGCCAGCCGCCUCUUUCGGAAAUCACCGGGACCGAUGCCGACAUCACAUUGCAAGAAUUCUUCCUUCAUGUCUGCCUGCAGUGCCUCGCUCACAACGAGAUCCCUGGUGAGGAGGGUGCAGAAGCAAGGGCGACACAGCUCCACCGCGCAACCUUGACUCUCCUUCACCAGAUCCUCCUCAACCCGUUCGCUGACCAACUGGCAAAACUCCAUCUCGAAAAUGUUCUGAUCGAGAAACUGCAGCAGUCACUAAAUGGGCCCGACCCCUACGUGCAGGUCCUACUGCUGGAUGUCGUCUUCGCUUCCCUUAAGCUCCGCGAGCUGGUGCCCGUGGAACCUCCCACUUCACCAACCCACGAGAAGCGGGGAGGGACCCUGGAAGCGGCAAGGAGCUCCAGGGUGUCCCUGACCAGCGAGAGGCAUACGGCUGCGCAGCUGCCGCCGCCGCCGACUUUGCUAAAGUGCAUCCUCGCCGGGCUCAGUUCCCCAAGCAGCCGACCUGUCCUAGACAGUUGGGUCGGCUUCCUCACCGAGUGUCUGCCGCUGUACGCAGAGUCAGUCUUCCAGGUCUUGAUUCCCCUUGUCGAGACCCUUUGCGGCCAGGUCGAAAGCACCUUCAACGGCCUCCAACGCCUGUUCCGAGCGACCGACCGGACAAACUCACACGGCGCGGCUGGGCCCGAGACCACGCUGAUCUCUCUGCUCAACUGCCUUGAGCAGGUUCUGGCCAACGGACACGACAGGCUUCUGGCUGAAGAGGCCAGAGCCCAGGUUGUCAAGAGUCCAGAGCAGCCCCAAGGCUUCUUCGGCAACAUGGUGUCGGGCGUGUUCUCCUCCGAGGCCCCGCAGACCCGCAGCGCCACGGCCAACGAUCGGCUCACCGUCUUGCUCGCGUUCCAAGACGCCGUCCGCAUCUGCUUCACCAUCUGGUCCUGGGGGCAAGGAAACGACGCGGCGGGACAGGACGCUACAUCGGCAGCGUCUCUCAACUACACGGCGCUGCGGAUGAGGAACCGCGCGAGGAGAUUGCUGGAGCAUCUCUUUGCGGCCGAAACGCUCGAGUGCCUGGAAACAGUGGUCGGGAUAUGGCGUGGCGCGCUGGACAGCGGCGACUCGUCCAAAGCUGCCGAGGUGUUCAACCUGCUCCCGGCGCUAGACGGAUCACGGCCAAAGCAUACUAUUCCGGCGCUCUUCAACGCCAUCUACAGCCGGACGAACCCGGCGGCGCUGGACCCGUCGAGGAGGUCGACGCUCACGAUCGAGCUGCAGGACACCGACUUGGUCAUCUUCCUGGUGGACUACACGCGGUCUUUGGAGGACGACACCAUGGACGAGAUUUGGCAGGAUUGCACCGCCUUCCUCAAAGACUUGCUCGGCAACCCCUUCCCGCAUCGGCAGACGUUGCCGAGCCUGCUGGAGUUCGCGGCAAUCCUGGGCGAGAAGGUGGACAAUACCAAUUUCGGCGAGCAGCGCAAAAUGCGUCGGGAGCUUGCGGACCUGUUCUUGCGCCUCCUUACGGCCAUUUUCACAACUCGCCCAGCCAGCUUCGACAUCUCCGGGUCAUCAAACGUCUCGGAGAAGAGGCAAAGCGACUCGUCUCGGCCAACAUCCGCCCUCAGGCUGCCUGCCGAACGCGCCGACGAUGUGGUUGGCAUCCUAUCCACCAUCGUACCCAACCUUCCCAAGAUCCUGGUGGAGAACGACCGCAUCCUCACAGCGGCCACCGCCAUCUCUACCAAUGUGAUCGGCCCCGCGCUCCGCUCCAAGUCCUUCCCCGACACGGUCUCGAAGACCAUGCUCGUCCUCCUGCACGAACUCUCCCGGCUUCCCAACAACCAGAAAUCCUGGAAGAAGGACAUCUCGGACGCCUUCAACGACGCCCGCUUCUUCGGCGCCAGCGUGGCUCUCGUCCACACGAGCUGGCUGCCACUCCUGAAGCAGUGGACCGUGACCGACAAAGAGCGCAUGCCCGACCUGCUGUCGCGCCUCACGCCGCCCACCACAGCCGGCAUCGUCUUCGGCGUCGGCGCGACCUCGGCACGCCUCGAGGCGGACCGCAAGACGCAGCUCAACCUUCGGCGCAUCGCCACGCUGGUCCUCGCCUGCGGGCCGGACGCCUUCGUCGCCGACCUGCCGGCCAUCGCCGACAAGAUCACCGAGCUGCUCGCGGCGACGGCCACCUCCUCGCCGUCGUCCACGACCCGCGCCGAGGUCUACAUGCUGCUGCGCGCGCUCGUGCUGCGCACCAGCCCCGUGCACCUGGCGCCGCUCUGGCCCGUCGUCAACGCCGAGCUGCACGCCGCCGUCGCGUCCGUGCUCGCGCCCGACCACUCGCCCGCCGCCGACACGUACGCCAACGCCUCGGUCCUGCAGGCCUGCAAGCUGCUCGACCUGCUCGUGUGCGUCGCACCCGACGAGUUCCAGCUGCACGAGUGGCUGUUCGUCACCGACACCGUCGACGCCGUGUACCGCCCCCAGUUCGGCAGCGGGUAUCAGCCCGUCGCGCUGGUGGAUGAGGUGUCCGAGGAGCUGGGGGCGGUUGCGAUUUCGGCGUCGCAUGCGCAGAACGUUGUUGUUGAGCAGGCUGUGGUGCAGACUGCCGGCGGAUCGUCGCCGUCAUCGGCGGCGCGGAGACGGCCGCUGCUGGGGUCGCCGGGAGGGAUCAGUGAUGAGGUUAGCCUGGAGCGGAGGGAUGAGCUCGUGGCGAAGGUGUUGCGGCCGUUCUUUGGGCAAUUGAGCAUUUACGCGUUUGAGGCGACCUACGCCAUGGCGCCGGUGGACUGGGAGGGGUGUGUGGCGGGGCUGGUGAAGGAUUUGUUCGACGAGAAGAGCAUCGUCAAGGCGCUGUAGCUGGCUGCCGCGUGUACCAUAGAAAUGACACGGUAGAGAGGGGAA